UUUUCGGAUUUCGAACCUAAAAAAAAAAUAAUAAUAAAUUCCAGGUCACCAGAAGAGUUUAGCUUUCAGAGAAAACACCAUGGAUACAUUGCGCCAAAAGGUUUCCGAACUGUUCAAUAAACCUACACCAAAAACUGUAGAGGUAAAGAAAACUACACCCAAGCCAAACGACUCGAAAGUAGAAGAAACUCCUUUGGAACCCAUUGCCUCGGCAGAUUCGCCUGUGCCAGAAAUAAAAACAAACAAAUUCAAAAGCGAGUUUCAAGACGGAGAUUUUAAUUACCAACUGGAAUUUGUAGACUUUUUAGAUCGUCAUUCACCCAAAGGUUUAUCCAAGAAAUUUAUGGAUAUGUUGCCAUAUCUGGAAAUAAGCUUCUUGUCUUGGCCAGCUUAUUGGAUUUACCGUGGCUUUAAUUGGCAGAACAAAAGAAAUACGGAAAGGAUAAGUGUUUACAUUCAAAGGACCUAUCAACAUGCCAAGUUUAUGCAGGUGGCCAUUUUGGCCACUGGCGCUUUUGUUGUCAGCAUGUCACGUUCUCCCUUUCAAGUACAAAAAAUGGAGUAUAAAAAAACCAAAGAUUCCUCUUAGUUUAAGUAAGCCUUGAUUUA